AAAGGGGAGCCUCCAGUUGGACUCGAUGGAUUUGACCAUUCGCAGAGGCGUGGUGGGUCUCGCCACGGGGGCCGGGGCCGUCUACCUCAUCUACAAAGCCAUCCAGGCUGGCAUGAACAGUCGGCCUCCAAGCCCCACGACCUCACCUGUCUGCAUCGCCCGCCUGGCGAUUGAGCGGGAGCGGCACGGCCGGGACUCGGGAGAGCUGAGGAGGCUGCUGAACUCCCUGGAGCAGAAGCAGGAUGAUUACUCCAAGAGCAUGAUCCUGCAUAGCAUCACGCGGUGUGUCUACCUGCUGGAGGCAGAGGCCUCGGCCUGCAGCUCUGAGGACAUCCAGCUGGUGGGCUCCCUGCUGGACGACAAGGACACCGGGGUCCGGAUCCAGGCCCUCAACGCCCUCAAGGCCUUCGCAGGCAUCCGCAAGUUCAGACUCAAAAUUCAGGAACACAUGGUCAAGGUCUUGGAGCUACUGUCCUCCGUGUGGGACCCAGAGCUGCACGUGGCAGGGCUACGGCUCCUCAACGGCCUGCCCUUGCCCGACUUCACGCACCCACAGCUGCGCCGGGUGAUGCCCGCCCUCAUGGAGAUCCUGCAGACGGGCAGCAUCCUGGCCCAGGUCCAAGCGCUGAGACUGCUGAGCCACCUGGCCCAGAAGAAUGAUCUUCUCUACGACAUCCUCAACUGCCAGGUCCGCCCGGACUUCCUGAGCCUGUUUCAGCCGACGCAGCCGGGCGGCCUGCUCUGCGAGGCGCUGGUCCUGGCGGAGCGGCUGAGCGAGGGCCGCGGGUCGCCGCACUACCAGGCCGUGCAGUGGGAGUACAACGAGCAGUCCCUGCACGCCGCGCUGUUCGGCGACGCUUCGCGCCUGGCCGACCGCCUCUUGGCCCUGGUGGUCCACCCCGAGGAGGAAGUGCAAAUCCACGCCUGCAAGGUGAUCGUCAGCCUGCAGUAUCCCUCGGAAGCCGGCUCCCAGGCCCGCCCCGUCGACACCUCCUUCCUCGCUGAUGGGGGCACCUGCUAGGCACAAUAAAAUAAAACAC